GUGAAAGACACAGUGCAGUCCAGAGUGCCCUGUCUCCCCUUACACUCGGAUCCCAGCAGAGCCACAGGGAGGGUGCAGAGCCAUGGAGCCUCUCUCCUUCCAGGAGUAUAUCUUAUCCCUGGACAUUGAAUCCCUGCCCAGGGUGCUGAAGGUUUGUUCCGGGGUGUACUUCCAAGGGUCGGUGUAUGAGGUGAGCGGCAGAGAAUGCUGCUUAUCAACAGGGGAUCUGAUGAAAAUUACUGGCCUUUGCCUGCAGAAGGUCACCUGCAGGGAUCCAGAGACCGGGCUAGCAACAGAGCUGCCUCUGAACUUCAAAGGGCAUUUCCAGCCCAGCCGAGACAAGCUGUCAUACACGAGCCUGAAGAAGCUUACCAGGACCAGGCCAGCAGGGCUCCAGGACAUGCCCUUCUCCUUCACCUCAGCAGUUGACUUGACCAUGGAUGGGUGGGUCAUUCCCAAGGGCCAGCCCAUUUCCCUGCUUUCGAUGGCCAGGCAUGAGGGCCAGGAGUUUGCCAACUGCACAACCACGGGGCAGGACGGGCAGCAUUUGCUCUGCCUCCCCGUCUCCCUCCAGGGCCAAUUCUAUGAGUGCACCAGGCAUCAGAGCUACACGCUGAGCCAGGUGCUGCAGUCGGAAGCCCUGAGGGGCCAGCGCCUGAAAUGCUCUGCACUCGGCAGACACUCACUGCUCCUCUGCCCUGUGUACGAAGUGGAGGCGAUAAUGCACAUGCGGAAGGAGGUGGUGAAAAUCCCCUCCACCCUGGAAGUGGAUGUGGAGGAUGUCACCGAGGUGUCUCAACACAUCCACUUCAUCAAGCCACUGAUGCUAAGCGAGGUCCUGGGGCUGGAGGGGGCCUUCCCCUUGCAGGCCGAGAUCCUGGAGGGUCCUGAGUACCCACCUAUCUUCAAGAAUGACUGGAUUCCCCACCUGCAGAAGGGGCAGAAGAUCCAAAUCCAUGGCAAGUCCUGUGCUUGGAGAAUCCUCGCCUCAUCCAGCAAGGGCAGAAGGGGCUCCCGGCACUUCCUGCUUUCCAGCACCUACCAGGGCAAGUUUCGGAGACGCCCCCAGGAGUUCCCCACAGUCUUUGACCUGACAGCAAGUCUGGGGAAGGGUGAGUGCCUGCGGGUGGUGGUGACUAAAGACUGUGAGAGCCCUGAGGAGGAUCUGCCAUCUCUCAGCAUGGGGGAUCGGCUGGAGGUGCUGCACCUGACAAAGACCCAGGUCUGCAGGCAGGCAGAGCACAAAUCCAUUGACGUCUUCCUGUGCAGCAGAAGCAGUGGCGAGGAUGAGGAGAGUGAGCAGCUCAUGCUGCCGCUGCACCUGGAAGGCGGCUUUGUGGAAGAGGUCAGCGACAGCAGGAGAUACAGCCUCCCCGAGAUAGUGGAGCAGCUUCAACUGCCCUGCGAGGUCAAGCUGGCAACCAAGGAUUCUUCCCUUGCCAAUGACAUCCUGGGCUCUUUCUCUGCUCUGCGUCUGGAAGCGCGAAUCACCGAGACCUUCUUAGUGACCAGCUUGUGUGAGGCGCCGUCAGUGAGCUUCCAGAUCCCUCCUCAGUGGCUGGACAUGGCCCUGUUCUUCACAGAGGAGCCUGCCUCAUCGCAGACACCCCUGACAGACAUGUCAAAAGUCGAAGAGUUGACAGAAUCCUUUUAUUAUCAUUUGCUAAAGCUGCUGCCUAGCAAUGAGGCUCCCCCACCACGGCCCCCCAAAAGAAGGGACUUCAGGGACACAGGAACCCAGCUAUCUGGAGCCAAAGAGGUCACUGAGAAACCAAGGUACUCUCCACUGCCCCCUUUGUCCAAGUUGAAGUGCACACCCGAGGAGUCUAUGCUGCCGUCCCCCAAGCCUAGGAAUGCAAAGAGUCUCUCGGCUGUCCGGAGUUCCCCGAAUGAGUACUCACCACAUCAGAUUGGCUCGCAGAUGGCCCCCAAGCCUAAGAAACCCUUCAAAGAGGCCAGAGAUGUGAAUGUCAGUGAUGGCUCUGAGCAUGACUAUGAACUAAUUGAUGAUGACCUUAUAAAAACAAUCGAUAAAAUGCAGAAGGCUGUUCUUCACUACUAGGACUCCGGCCUACAGAACAUGACAAGAAGCCAGCCUACGCCAGAGCCACUCCAAGUUCUUAAACUCAGAGAUGAGCACUUGCAAAAGCCAAAUGCAGCACUGAGUCCCAUGAAGUGGCUUCCAACUGCCUUCACCAGUGCAACCUGAAGAGACAGCUGGGUUCCAGCAGUCACUGCUCCCCUAUGCUGCAAACAAGCCUGCACAUUCAGAGACCUGUCCUCUAUGUACUAAAGCAGAGGGCUGGUUUUAGUGGUCCUAUUGUUGGUGUCACUAGGCAUAAAUCUAGGUAGCUCAGGAGGGUGGACGAUCACGAGUGCCAAUGAAGCCCUCCUGCUCAGGCCUCAAUGAACCAUUGUUCCUCCAUGUUAAACACUUCGUGUAACCUAAUGUACUAAUAGCUGCAAAAAUGUAGUGUUAGUUUUCGGUUGUAAUAGCCAGUUCUCUGCUGUAACACGCUGAAGCGAGCUCAAGGUCGUUUCUGAAUACUGUAUACAUGUCUCAGCAGCGGAGAGGGGGGAGGAAGGGGGAAGACAAAAGAUUGAGAAAAGAUACUGU